GCGCGCCAACGCCGCGAGUAACGCCAAGAUGCCCCAGCGCUCGCCCUUUGCCAUCCAGGAGUUGCUUGGUCUCAAUGGAGCCGGCAACCCCAUCGGCUCCGUCACCACAAGUCCCACCAGUCAUCACAAUAACAACAACAACAACAACAACAGUACGAACAAUAACAAUAACAACAACAAUGUACGGGGUUCACCGCAGAGCUCGCCGCCGGCCGGUAUUUCGGCGGUCUCGUACGCCCCGACGGCACCCCACCACAAGCUCUGGGACUACAUGGCCCCCUUGACCAAUCAUCUGGGUAAUCUUGGUAACCUCACCCACGCGUCCCGCAUGGCGUACCUUAAUGCUCAGGCUGCCGUGGCCGCGGCUUUCCUACCACCACCGCAUCAUCCUCAUCCAGCGCAUCAUGCGGCACAUCAUCAGAUGCAGACGGCUGGACAUCUUGGGGCUCAGUCUGGGGCUGGUCUGGGCGUACAUCCGGCGGCCCAUGCACAGCACAUGCUCUCAGGCUCGGGAGUCUCGGCCAAUCACCAUCAGAGCAGUCCCACGCAACACGGAUCGCCUCACGAUUUUUCACAGUCGAAACAUGUGUUCUCGAGCGCAAGUCCAGCAGUCGGUGGCUCGGCGGUCAUGGACUCGGUCAAAGACUACGCCAACAGCUCUAUGGACCUACAGCCGUACAACAAAAAGAAAAAGAAGAAGCGCCGACAUAGCUCCAGGACGAUUUUCACGACCAAGCAGCUGGAGGAGCUCGAGACGGCGUUCAAGGAGGCGCACUAUCCGGACGUUUACGCUCGCGAGAUGCUCAGCGCGAGGACGGAUCUGCCCGAGGACAGGAUACAGGUCUGGUUCCAAAAUCGAAGGGCAAAGUGGCGCAAGACCGAGAAAUGCUGGGGCAGGAGCACCAUAAUGGCGGAGUACGGGCUGUACGGGGCUAUGGUGAGACACUCGCUGCCGCUGCCCGAGACCAUACUCAAGAGCGCCAAGGAAAACGAGUCCGUCGCCCCUUGGCUACUCGCGCAAUCCUCAAAGACAAGCGGCUUUAACCAAGAUGAUAACGAACGUAAACGACUAAGCGAACUGAUUGACUGUGGUCCCCCCCUAGGGAUGCACCGCAAGUCUAUCGAGGCAGCGGAGCACCUAAAGUCGGGUGACGACAGCGGCAACGACCAUCCCGGCGGCUCGGCCAGUCCCUCGCACCCUAACCACUACCCGGGCGGUCCCACCAGCUCGGAGAGUGGCCAGGAGAGCCAGGACGGCAUGGGACCUUCGGCCGCCUCCGGAGUCGUUCAAGACACCGAGCAGCUGAGGAAUGAGAGCAUCGCUUGUCUGAGGGCAAAGGCCCAGCAGCACCAGUUGCAGCUUAGCAUGCAGCCAACCGCCGGCGGGACGCCCGGCACGACGUCCUACUCGACGGCCUCGGCGCUCGCUGGGGCGGGCUCGCUUCGCGCUUCCGUUUAAAGAAGCGUCCCUGCUCGAGCCCACGAGGGGAGAAGAAAAAACCAGCAGCGACUUCUGUCUCAACCCGAGACGAACUUCAAAGUCGAAUCAACCAAACCACAGGCGUGUCAUCGCGAGCUCGCAUCCUUGCACCGACUGCGCUGGAUGCUGUCGCCUCGGUGUACACACACGGACGCUCUGUUCUCUCGUUUGCAAGAAGGAGCGGCAGAAAAUCGGUAUCUUCGCUCGAGCCGAUUUUUUUGCACUCCCACCCACCUAUUAGUGUACUUUUCGAGUCAUGGAUUGAAAUUUAUCGUCGUUCGUAGUCCUUUAGGUAAUUGUAGUUUGGAGUUUUGUGAAUUUUGAGCGACGACUAGGUAGAAAUUCAUUUGAGUCAUGGCGCAACUUAUACUGUCACGUUUGGUGCAACGAAAAACUCAGGAAGAACGUAUGAAGCAAGUAUUUUUUCGGAAUAGAAUUUCACAUUUUGUAAGGAUUUUUCCUACACCGUAGAAAUAUUUGUGUUGUUUAUGUUUUUUUGUCUUUGGGUAUUAUUAGUAUUAUUAGUAUUUUUAUGGGGAAAAAAAACAUGAUUGAAUCAAGUCAGUAUUUAGUAAGACACGAAUGAUGUGCGUGUAAAUAUAAAAAUGCGUUGUGAAUGUACAUUUCGUCGAUGAAUCUCUAUUUCGAAAAAAGAAAAAAAAGUGUAGGAUACGCAGUACUUGAAGAAAAAGAAAAAUCCGAUGCAAUAUUAUGAUCCCAAUGAAAGUAUAUUAUCUAAAAAAAAAUUAAAAAAUAAAUCAACGUCUCUUCCAAACGUACACGCUC